GCUUCAGAGUUGCGAUUCCAGGAGUACGAGGAUCCAGGCUACAGAUACAACAUCUUUAGCUCCAUCGAACUCACUGGCCAGCCGAUUGAGGUACUGCGGCCAGGAGCUGUGGUGACGGCUGUGGGAAUGCCAAAGCCAGGGAUCGUGGAGAUCCUCCUCUCGGAUGCCGACUCCGUGGCAAAGCUGGGCUUUGGCAAGUACCGGUGGCCACCGCAGGACGGCAGCCGCUACUUGCAGCGACUACCUGCCCGAAUGCGAACAGACGAUGUGGCUGGGAUGAAUGCCGUAGUUACGCCCAUCUGGGUUGUUCUCGAGCCGCUACCUGGAACCGAGGGCCCAGAGGAGGGCGACGCUCUCCUCGUCACGGAGGGACGCGAUCCUCGAAGUGAACCACUAGGCUGGCU